UGCUAAGCGAGUUACUAAUUAUAUCGUUGCUGACUAAUACUUGCCAAUUUGUCCGCUUGACGUAAACGUUAUUAUACCGUAAAGUAGCCCGCUGUGAGGUAACGCUAAGGAUAAGAUUUUGGCGUAGAUCGACGAAUUUGCCAAAAAUUGAUCCAGCACGAUAGUCAGAUGUGCCAAUAAUAACCAGAGGAGCAGACUCGUUAUCAGUGCCUUUAUCGCUGAAAUUAUUAAUAUUGCUAAUUGACAGUUACGAUGAUCAGCAGCUGGUCAUUGUGAUAUACGUCAGUAUGAAAAUAGCAAUAGUUGCUGGAUUGCUGUUGGAAUAAACAGGAUACAGAAGUGCCGUUGUGACGAUGGUUACUGGAAUCGCUACGAUCAUCAGAAUCCUUAACCCACUCUUUGACGUCUCUCGGCUGUCUUACGAGUUAUUUGUACUAUCAACAAGGAUAAGUCUGGAAAUCAUUAUAGCCACGUACAGACUUCUGAUACCAGUAUCGAUGAAGAAUCUAUGUGGUGAAACAGUUCUUGUAACAGGGGCUGGUCACGGAAUUGGCAAGGAAUUGGCAGUGCAACUUGCUGGCAUGGGUUGUAUUGUCGUAUGUUGGGAUAAUGACAGGGAUGCCAAUCGGUCGACAAUGAAUGAAAUAUUAGAAGCUGGGGGUGAAGUAUACGGAUACGUAGUUGACGUUGCCAAAAGGAUGGAAAUUCGCGAAGCUGUCAGGUUGAUGAGAAAAGUGGGCAUUCCCGAAGUGACUAUUCUAGUCAACAAUGCAGCCAUAUUGAUGCACAAAUCAUUAUUAUCCCACGAAGAUAACGAGAUAGAAGAUACAUUCGCUGUGAAUGUUUUUUCGAAUUUUUGGACGAUAGAAGCAUUUUUACCUGCUAUGCUUCAGAACGACAAAGGCCACAUAGUCUGCAUGAGUAGCAUGUGUGGCAUAUAUGGGAUUCCACAAAAAGUCCCUUACUGUUCCUCGAAAUUUGCUAUUCGCGGCUUCAUGGAAGCUCUCCGCGAGGAAGUUCGACUUUUCCAAAGAAAACUAGGCGUACGUUUCACUACGAUUUAUCCGUUUUACGUUAAUACAGGUUUAGCCAGGGAUCCAAAGUACAGAUUUCCUUACAUAUUUCGUGCAGUCUCACCAGCUUAUGCAGCUCAGGAAGUCAUUAAGGCUGUGCGUAGAGACUAUACGGAGUAUUCCAUACCUAGAUGCCUCUUUUCGUUAAAUUCGAUAAACAGGAUCCUUCCCGAAUCAGCAAUGAGAUUGAUUUUGGAUUACUUGGCAGAUAUUAGUAACAAGGAACAACAAUCAGAAGAGAGCUCUUAAAAAAUUCUAAUAUAAUUUAACGAUCGCUUAUGAAUUAUAACGAUGUAGAUAUUCGAGUAAUUAUAUACGAAUAAUUAUAGUCAGUGACAAAUGCCCCAAUAAUGUCAUAAUAAAAGUAAUUAAAAAUUAAAAAUUUUCCAUAGGGAUCCGAUUACCAUAGUCAUU